CUAACGUGUAAGUUGACGAUUUCAGUGAAGCAUACAGAAUAAAGAAGAAUGGUGUUUGUUUAUAAGAUAACUGCUCUUAUAAUUGUAUUCUGCUUAUUUGACUAUGCAGAACUUAGCAAGUGUACCCGUGGUUGGCAUCCCGGAUACAAGGGCAACUGCUACCUUUUCAGUCGGUUUAGUGCACCUUUCUACAGCGCAAUGAGUUUUUGCCAAACCAUUGGUGGAAAACUUGUCGAAAUUGACAAUUAUUGGGAAUAUAAGACACUACUCAGAAUGGCAAGGAAUAGAAGGUUUCCACCUUGUUGGAUUGGCAUAACGGACAUGUACUCAGAAGGCGCUUGGCAAAAGGCGACAACUCAGGAGAGUCAGAGGUAUUUUAGAUGGCGUUCAGGGGAACCUAACUCUCAUGGUGGACAGGAAAACUGUGUUGCGAUGGAUCAGGGUGACGGCAAAUGGAAUGACGGAUCUUGUACCGUCCAUUUACCAUUUAUUUGCGAAAAGUGAUGCACCAG